AUGGGCGUAAUUGUAUUUGUGGCUUUAUUAACAAUUUCGUGGGCCGAGACAUACAAAAUCACGUUGGAAAACAACGGACAACUGUUCAACUUCAAAAAUGGCGAGGAGUUCGAUGUUGUGCUUGUCACAAAUCCGUCAACGGGACAUAACUGGGAACUUGAGACAAACAAUAGACACCUCCAGCUCUUGGACCACAAAAUCACAGAAAACAAAGAAAAUAUUCCAGGCAGCAACUUUGACGAGGUAUGGUCAUUCAGGGCAAUCAAGAAGGGGUUUGUGUGGGUUAAUGCAACUUACAAUAUACCAACCACAAAAGACAUUGAUUACUACUUCACAGUUGUGAUUCGAGUUAUGUAA